AUGAGUGAAGUCUACAAGAGAGAGAGAGAGCAUCUGCCUCCGAAGGCGUGCGCGCAGGGAGGAUGCAAGCUCGCUUCAGACAACAGACGCGGAGCUGAAGAAGAACCGGGAGGACCGAGCGGACGCGCCGACGCCGAAACAAGGACCCACCGGGACCAGAGGCAGCGGGGCCGUGCUGCAGCUGCCGCCGGGCCGAACCUCCUCCCCGUCGGUGGGAUUGUGCUGCGAGUCCCGGAUAGGAGGAGGAGGAGGAGGAGGAUGAAGAAAAGCAACCAGAGCAGGCGGGGUGUUCAGGACUCGGGUCCACCGGUGGUCCACCAGCCGGAGAAGAUGGGCUGGAUCCGGAAGUUCUGCGGUCGAGGGAUUUUCAGGGAGCUGUGGAGGAGCCGGUACGUGAUGCUGAGAGGAGACUACCUCUAUAUCUCGGACAAGGAGGUGAGGACGGCGGACACAAAAACACGACCAGAGAAGAAACCGAACACCCACACAGAGUUCAGGCUGCCGAUGGGCUGCUGGUUCCAGUCUGUUGGACAGGGCGGGGGGGGAUUGUGGGUAGGAUCACUCAGGGCUCAGACACGGCUCUGGGAGGUGUUUAAUGGACCAGAUGUGGGACGAGUGUCACGUCACACCUGGUCUGUGUAA